UUUGGGUUUUGAGUGUUGAUUUUUUUACUGGGAAGCUAAAAGCUCCAAUGAUGACUCCUCUCGCUCGCUCGCUCGAGAGCUCGGUUUUAAGAUCCUCAAUCCAAGGAAAGGUUCUGAGCAAAAGCAAAAUUUAAUCGCACUUUCUUCUCGAAAUGCGUCUUGAAUCACCCGAGAAACGUGUUUCCUGAGCAAAGUUUACAGCUUUCUUUUGAUUUCUGUGCACAUCAUUACCAAUACUGAAUUUUUCAAAAGAUUUAUAAAAUCUCAAAUCACUCUUCUUCCCCAAUGGAGGUUCAAGCUGAGAUGGAGCCUAGCUCGUCCAUUAGUUUAGUCGCAGCUGUUUCAUAUGGCAUUGCUUCUAUGGCAAUGGUUUUUAUCAACAAGGCUGUGAUUAUGCAGUAUCCACAUUCCAUGACUGUUCUUACCCUCCAGCAAUUGGCUACUUCUUUGCUUAUACACUUUGGCAGACGAAUGGGAUACACAAGAGCCAAAGGAAUCGAUUUGGCCACUGCCAAAAAGCUACUCCCGGUUUCUAUCUUCUACAAUGCUAAUGUUGCAUUUGCUCUUGCAAGCUUGAAAGGAGUUAAUAUUCCAAUGUAUAUCGCCAUUAAGAGACUCACUCCACUCGCUGUUUUGAUUGCCGGGGUUCUGUUUGGUAAAGGCAGACCAACAACUCAGGUUGCUCUAUCUGUACUAUUGACCGCUGCAGGUUGUGUAAUUGCAGCUCUUGGAGAUUUUUCUUUUGAUCUUUUCGGGUAUGGUUUGGCUUUAACCUCUGUCUUUUUCCAGACCAUGUACCUUGUGCUGGUUGAGAAGUCUGGUGCAGAAGACGGGCUUACAUCGAUCGAGAUAAUGUUUUAUAACAGCUUCCUUUCUCUCCCAUUUUUGUCCUUCCUCAUCGUAGUUACCGGCGAAUUCCCAAACUCUCUGUCGCUUUUACUUGCAAAGUGUUCUUAUUUGCCGUUCUUGGUGAUUCUCAUUCUUUCACUGGUUAUGGGCAUUGUCCUCAACUUCACCAUGUUUCUUUGCACCAUUGUGAACUCUGCUUUAACAACAACUAUCGUUGGUGUCCUCAAAGGCGUUGGUUCCACUACGCUCGGUUUUGUCCUCCUGGGUGGUGUUGAAGUACAUGCUUUAAACGUCUCCGGUUUAGUGGUCAACACAGCUGGUGGUGUGUGGUACUCAUAUGCCAAGUACCGACAGAAAAAGGCUAAACCGGCUAAGCUAAUGUCUGAUUUGGAAGCUCACAAAAAAUGAGAAUCCGAUUUGGUUUACUCUCAUCAUGUAUCUCCUUGUCCAAAAAGUUAUAAUUUUUGAUACUUGUGGUGGGUUUGGUUUCUUUUUGGAAGGCAAAGUCGGGUUUAUAGACUUUUGCCACUCAAACAAAUGAUGAUUAGAAAGAAAAUAACCAAUGUAUUAGAUAGUUGAACCAGGAUAGUUGAA